CUACCGGAAGUGAAUGCGAGUGAGCGGGAAGUGGAGCCGGCGGCCAUUUAUCACAGAUUCGGGAAUUGGGGUCUCGGGGCCCGGCUGAGGAUUGGGUUCCCCCCCCCACCCUGGGGAGUUGUUAUCUGGAGGGUCCCUCCCUUGGGGAGUUGUUAUCUGGAGGGUUUCUCCCUCCCUGUACAGGGGAGUCAUGGCGGGUGAUUUGGGGAUGAGUUUCAAUAUCCUGCUCAACGACAUCUCUCAGAAUCUGUCCAAGGAGAACCUGGAGUCCCUGAAGUUCCUGUGUAAGGAUGAGAUUGGGAAGAGGAAGCUGGAGAACAUUGACAGCGGGAUCAAGCUAUUCCAGCAGCUGGAGGAGCUGAACCUGCUCUCCUCUGAAGAUACCAACGUCCUGUCCAAGCUCUUGGAGCAGGUCAGACGGCCCGACCUCCAGAAUAAACUUCUUGCUUUCCAGAGGGAGAAUGGAGAUCUGCAGCAACCUGUGUGUGAAAUGGGAGCUGGCUCAGAGCGUCUGAACAUUGCGUUUGAAGUCAUUUGUAAUGAGGUUGGAAAAGAUUGGCGGAUGCUUGCAAGGAAACUCGGGCACAAAGAAGCACUGCUUCAGCAGAUUGAAUAUAAACAUCCACGCAACAUGAGGGAACAGGUCCUGCAAGCUCUGAUAGAAUGGCAGAAAACAAAAGGAAAAGAAGCUACUGUGGAAGCACUGAUAACAACCCUAAGGGGCUGCAAACUUAACAUGGUAGCAGAUUCUGUGGAAGAGGAGGUAUACAAGAAUGGUUGACUUUUAAGCUGAGAACACAGACUAUUAUCAUAUUGUAUGUCACAAAAAUCCAAAGUAAAUAUUUCAGUCCCUUUUGAAAUGUAAAUUUGCUGCCUCUCCCAUCUGGUGACCUUUUCCUAAUUCUGUAAUCGCUGUCAAGCUUUUGUCAGCCAUCACCUUCAGAGUUUAGUCUUUGUAGAAAAUGACUGAAUGUUUCUGGUUGCUAGUGGCAUUCAGAAUUCGAAGGCUUGCUGCAUGUUCAUCUGAAAAAGGGUGCAUUCACUCUAUAGCCUUGUUGCAGUGGUUUAGAGUUCACACCAGUGUUAACCUCAUGGAUUGUAAAUUGGGUGUGAGGACCCAAACUGCCUCUGGCGCAAAGCAGAGUGACUGCUUCCUCCAGGUCAGGCUUUUAUUUGCAUGUUCAGGCUGCACUGUAACUGUAAGACUGGUGAAAAGCAAAAUCAUGUCACCACAGGGUCAUAGUGUGAAUGCACCCUCGAUAAGGUUUAAAACUACACUUGGAAUAAUGUUUCUCAGACUGUUUUGGAAUAUUGUGGGCAAAAAGAACACAAACUUUGGGAUUGUCUUAGAACCCUUCUCAAUUUAUUUUGUUCAAACCAAAUUAUUAAUCGCAUUUUUAAGUAAAUUGUAGAAGACUUUA